ACCAGCACUUGUGCGGCUCUUUGAGAUCGCGGGAGCCUCGUGGAUCACAGAGCCUCGUGGAUCACAGAGCCUCGCCCGCUCGCUCGCUGGCUUUGAACCCCCCCCUCGCCCUUCCGUCAUUGCCUUUGUCUCUCAAGCUCUCUCGGACCCCACAGUGCGCAGCCCCAGCGAAGACACACCCCGAGACUGCGAGGAGCUCACCAUGGGCAACAACGUCGCCGUGAUGGAGUCCGUCCAGGUCUACGAGGAGACGCCCGACCAGGUGAAGGAGCACCAGGUCGAAGAGGAGCAGGUUGAGAAGGAAGAAGAGACGGAGACGGAGACUUCUUCGAAUGAAAAAGGCGAAGAGGAAGCAGAAGCUGCAACUGAGGAAACGGAAGAGGCUGCUGAGGAGGAAGAGAAGCCCAAGAUCACCGUGGACGACAUAAAGACAGCCCCGAUGGAUUUCCGAUUCCCUACGACGAAUCAAGCUAAACAUUGCUUUACUCGAUACAACGAGUUCCAUAAGUGUGCUGCUGAGAAGGGUGAAGAUGCGAAAGAGUGCCAAAAGUAUGCCAGAUACUAUCGCUCAUUGUGCCCUGGUGAAUGGAUUGACAAGUGGAACGAAGAGAGGGAGAACGGUACCUACGCUGGUCGUUAUUAAGGGGGGAGUAGACCGCAAUCACAAUCUUCUGUGGGUUAAGUUGAUGAGGGUUGUGUAAGUGUGCUAGCUCAUGGCAUCUGCCCCUUGUCAACUGUGUGAGCCCACAGCACUUCAAAGAUGAAUGAAGUAGUCUUGACCUGGUCGAUUUAGGUAUACAAGCGCUAUGAGCGUCGUGUUUUUUUUUUUAGUUUUAGCCUUGCAAAGACUAUUUUGUAACUAGCUGAGACAUGUGGAGAAGCAUCAACUGUCUCCUGCAGCGAAAGCCAUUGCUCUUACUUAUUAACUACAUUUGUAGAGUCUCGCAUCUGCUGGAGCAGUGGAGGAAUAAUAAUCGUUGGAAUACUUGGUGUUUCCAAUGCUUACUUGAACAUGGA